ACGCAGACACGAAGGUUGUUGGCGGGUGAAAAAUUUUCAACAUUAAAGAUAAAUGUUUUGUCUGACCACGCACUCUUGUACAAUAUUUUAGCUGGUUAUCUUUUUGGCGUGGUUCCGCUAUUGACAGAUCCGCGGUUUGGGUAAAACGUAAUGCUAUUUACGUUUUCUGGCUUUUUUGAAAGCUGGCACGUGUUCCUUUGCGAGGAUCCUUAUUUAGUUAGCGUAGCUAGCUGGCUAGCUUGUGUAAGCAUUAAACAAUUGUUUAUUAUGCUAGUGUUAAAAGACAGUGAAGUGGGAGAUUUUUUUUAAAAUUUUGUAGAUCUGUUGCCUUGAAUUAGCGGUAGAUGUGGACAAGACAUUCCCAGAUGGUUUCAGCCUGUCUCUCAAGGGCAGGCUGCAUUUUCAGACAUGCUCAGUUUUCUGGACAGAGACAUCUUUCCUACCUUAAGGUGCAAAACUGCUCCAUCUUGCGAUAUUUUGUGCGGAACCACUCUUGGUAUCACCUCCGUGGAAGAUCAAGGCCUACGGUUUUGUUGGAUUUUAGCAGAACAUUAAAAAGGGAUACAAAAUCUACGAUAGAACCUUCUGUCCAUUGCAUCACAGUAACCGACAUCAAGCAGUAUUUACGGUCCAAGGCUAUUCCCUUCCAUGAUGGCUUUAGCUGCUUACAUGCUCCCAGUAUUUUUGUGGGACCAAAAUCAGAUGUACUUGAAGGAGGUGGGAAAGAAAGCUACUCUAUGUUCAUUGACAAAACUACUGGGCAGUUUCUUUGUAAGGACACCCUAGUAGAAGGGAGCUGGGAAGACUUGCAGGACUGCUUGGAGGUGAUGCAGAAAGAAGGGCAGACCUCAAUCAGUCCUGAUGUGCUGCUGGUCUACUCUGAGAGCCUGGAGGAGCAGGAGGAGAAAGAGACGGAACUGAAGGAGGUUGGGAGGAUUUGGAAUGGCUCUCUGGCUCUCUCAGAUCUCUUUGAGGAAGAGGUGCAGCUUGUUAAAACCAUGUUCCAGAUCAGUAAGCUCACCAACACAACCCUGAAUAAGUUUGGAGUGAGAUACUUUAAGCCCACCAAAAGCCUGGUGUUUCCCUGGUUUAGUUUUGGAGGCGAAAGCAUUCGUGGCAUAAAACUGCUGUCUGCUGCCGUUAAAGAAAAUGGGAAGGUUAUCUACACGGAAGCUACUGUUCCAAAGUCAGCCAGCUACCACAACCUUUUUGGGCUCCAUUUAGUGGGGCAUAAAGAUGCAGAGGUGGUUCUCACAGGAAGUGAAGUUGACAGCAUGGCGGUGAGUCAGGUGACAGGUCUACCCACGGUGGCCUUGCCGCGGGGGGUCAGCUGCCUGCCCCCGGUGCUUCUUCCCUACCUGGAACAGUUCAGGAAGGUCACGUUGUGGCUGGGAGGGGAUAUGCGAUCUUGGGAGGCGUCAAAAAUCUUUUCAAGGAAACUGGGCCUGAAGCGUUGCUCUCUCAUACGGCCAGGGGAACUGCAACCAUGCCCCAGUGAGGCACUGAUCCAUGGUAGGAACCUUGCUCGUAUUAUUAAGGCCUCCAUCCCUGCUGCACACAAGUCUAUAGUGUCCUUCAAGCAGCUCAGAGAUGAUGUGUAUGGAGAGCUGAUCAACAUGGAGCAGGUAGCUGGGAUAAAGUGGGCCCGUUUUCCUGAACUAAACCGAAUCCUGAAAGGCCAUCGGAAUGGAGAACUGACCGUAUUCACAGGGCCCACUGGCAGUGGGAAAACCACUUUCAUCAGUGAAUAUGCCCUUGAUCUGUGUAUGCAAGGAGUGAACACACUAUGGGGCAGCUUUGAGAUCAAGAAUGUGCGUUUGGCUAAGAUCAUGCUCACCCAGUUCUCUAUGCAAAGAUUGGAGGAAAACCUAGAGCAGUAUGAUUCCUGGGCAGACAAGUUUGAAGAGCUUCCACUCUACUUUAUGACCUUCCACGGUCAGCAGAAUGUUAAGACAGUGCUGGACGCCAUGCAGCAUGCUGUUUACCUCUAUGACAUCAGUCACGUGAUCAUCGACAACCUGCAGUUUAUGAUGGGACAGGAGAAUCUGUCUGUGGACAAGUUGGCUGUACAAGACCACAUUAUUGGAGCUUUCAGGAAGUUUGCAACCCACAAUAGCUGUCAUGUGACCCUCAUCAUCCACCCUAGGAAAGAGGAAGAUGACAAAGAGCUACAGACAGCAUCCAUAUUUGGUACAGCAAAGGCCAGUCAGGAGGCUGAUAAUGUGCUCAUCCUUCAGGAGAAGAAGCUUGUGACGUGUCCAGGCCGCAGAUCCCUGCAGGUCGCCAAGAACCGCUUUGAUGGGGACGUGGGGAUCUUCCCACUGGAGUUCAACAAGACCUCGCUUACCUUUUCUGCCCCACUGAGGAGCAAGCAAAAACUACGCAAGGUCAAAAUGGAUAACCCAGAGCAAACAGAGGAGACUGAAGUCCAGGACGAAACUAGGAAAGCCCUAAAGCCUACCAGGGCUCCCAAAGGUCCCAGGACUGGGAAGGGUUCAGUAGCUGGAAAGAGUGAAAUAAAUGAAGAGGGAAAGAAACGGUAGUGAAAAGAAUAAAAUUGAUGGGACUCAUUUAGUAAAACUUUGGCGUUGGUUGUUUCUGAAGAAGCCUUUAAGAUUCUAACCUGUAAUGGGUACUAUAAUGUUUUCAGAAUACCGACAAAGCUCAUAAUUCAAAUACAUUUAUAUACGGCUGUAACGCAGCAAAAUGGUCUUGGCAAGAGAUUGAUCAUGUAAAUGAGGGGAAACGACUCUUAACACCUUACCCUGCAGAGUCCAGAUUCUUAUUCGUCAUUCUCGUAACUACAUAUUUUUAAAAUAAGUUUCAAUAUAAUUAUCGAUUAAUUCACAGAAGUACUGAAUAUGUCGUAAAAUUAAUAAUUAAAUAAUAAACCUUGAGUAAAAUUAAGCGCUAGUAAAGUGACCUCA